CAUGGAAGUCGGUGCAGGGAAUGGUGAUACUGGUCUGAGUGACACAGUAAAAAUUCCUGAAAGAUUGCUCCGAAGAGAUCAGGCGAGGCUGGAGGAGGCUGAACGCCGGAAAGAUGCUAAAGAAAGUCAAACUGUCUCGGAGGAAAAGAGCGAUUUCUUCUCAGCUACUUUCAACUCCGAGAAGGCGGCAAUUGAACAUCUUAUCAAUACGUGCCCAGGGACGGACCGGGACGCCGCUUGUAAAACUUUAGAGGAGGUGACGCACAAAAUACAGCAGCUUCAAAAAUUCCUCAACGAUAGCAUGAUGUUUCUCACGUCGUAUGAGCUGAGGCAAGCCCAAGCAUCAGUUCAAAAGCUCCAGAGUUCGCUCGCGGAGAAGAGGGAUGUCGCACUGCCUAAAAAGAAAUUUGCCUUCCGAUCUCGUCAGGCUGGAGCCGCUAAAAACACAGAGACCACACAGUCCACAGCCGCUACAGAAAAGUCCAAAUCUGAUAGUGUGGUCGGCAGCGUCCUAGAGGCUGCAAUUAGCGCUGACAUGUGCGGAUUUUCCAAUGCGGAUUCUAAAGUGUUGACUAAGAAGGCGGAUGAGAUCCAACAACGGGAUGUACUUCUCUCUCAUUUGACGAACUGCAAGGUGACACUCUACGGCUCCCCGAGCACUCUUCACAUCAAGAACGUCCGUAACUGUCAGAUCCUUUGCGGGCCGGUGUCGAGCUCCGUGUUCGUUGACCAGUGUUCAGGCUGCACCCUUUCUUUCCCCUGUCAGCAGUUACGAACUCACAACACCACUGACACGAAGAUUUACCUGCAUGUCACGAGCAGGGCGAUUAUCGAGGACUGUCAGAACGUAGCGUUUGCACCUUUUACCUGGACCUAUCCUGGGAUGGAUGAUGAUUUUAUAGUAUCUGGACUGGACAGGGAGAGGAACAACUGGUCCCAGGUGGAUGAUUUUAACUGGCUAGCUGCCAAUACACCCUCUCCCAACUGGUCUGUUAUUCCUGAGGCCGUGAGAACAGAUGCCUGGGAAAUUGCAGUGCCGUCUGAAUAACUGGAGGAUAAUGUUAAUUCCUCUGAGUGAAGUUAAUGACCCUGUAUCGGCCAAUGUAAGCCCCCUCAGUCUAACAGCCUUGUUGUCAUCAUAUGUAGUACCACUCUUCUUGUUGUCACAG